CGCGCAACGGUGUCUUUGAUCAGACGAACAAAUUAACGGGUCCGUCCGGACACAGUCACACUUUAGCAGCACUGUUACUUUCGGUUUGUUGGCGCGUGCAUCCUGUGUGAAAAAGAAAAGAAAAGUAACGAAGAGAAGCUGUCAAAUCAGAUUCUAUAAUCAGCAGAAGCAGGUGUGAAUUCAUGUCUGUGUUCUCUCCGCACAUUUACUGCCCAGUGUUUGUGCCCAGCCGAGAUAUGACUGAGGUGAUGAUCAACAACCCCAUGGAGGACAUGAGGCUCAGCCCCAGCAAGGACAGACUCUCCUUCCAGAUAUUCCCCGACCCCUCAGACUUCGACCGCUGUUGUAAGCUCAAAGACCGUUUGCCCUCCAUUGUGGUGGAACCAACAGAGGGAGAAGUUGAGAGCGGGGAGCUUCGCUGGCCUCCUGAAGAGUUCCUAGUCAGUGAAGAAGAGGAGGAGGAGGAGGAUGAAGAGGAAGAAGAGGAGCAGAGUAAUGGCCGCAUCCAAAAUGGACAGGUGGCACAGAAUUCUCAGCACUAGAGACCGGUGCAGAGUCCACACUGUCACGCUCUCUUUUUUUUUUUUUUUUUUGUCUCUGAUUGACUCCCCCUUUCACACACUGGUUUCACUGCACCUCGGCACUCCAACAGACUCGCAUUCAAUGUCAAGUGACGCCAUCUUUGUUGCACUUGACGCCAAAGCAAUACACACAUGCAACACACCACCUCACAAAUACACAAUAAGAAAGUUAUCCUCCUGGACUGCAAAGCCACCCAAACGGACUUGAAGAGAUCAGACACGUCCACCUCCUUCCUACCAAGCCUACCACUGUGUGUCUCGGCCCAGAACCGGUUUGUUCCGUUUGGACAGCGGCGGCUCCGAGCCCUAUGGACAGCCCUUUAUUACUGCAGGGGCCACCGCUGCCGCCGCUCUGUACUUUCCUCCAAAAUGGCUGGCAUCAUGACCCCAGAGACUUGAUUCUCGCAUACGUGUGGUACCAGUGAGGAUUGUCGUCUACAGUACACUGUCCAUGCCCGUGCUCGUUUGUGGAUGGAUAUGUUAAUAACUGUGAUCUGCCACUGCUGUCUCUGUUUUGUCUGUCUGAGAAGUUAGUGAUUUUGUCCUGUUACUUGGAAAAGUGGGUGUGUUCUUUUCAUGUUAAAAAAAAGUUAAUUUCCCCUUACAUUUGUCUAAAUUAUGUUUUUAUGUCAAAUUGUUUCCGUUAAAAAAAAAUGUGCUGGAUUAAUUUUACAGAAGUGAAAGAAAAUAAACCAGCCUAUUUGGUUUUCUGAUGUACGUAUGCAUGUGAUGCAUUCACUUCCAAGGUUUGUUAUGCUUUGAGGGCACAGUAAUGCCUCCAUAUGUGGCCUCUUGAAGCCUCAUGACAAAGCAAAACAGGAUCUUUUUACUUUUUUUUUUUUUUUUUUUUUUUCCCAGGUUCAAAAGGGGAAAGUGGUUGAGGAAAUGUGUCAUGUUGGGGAAAACCCUGUGUCAGGAAGAACUGAAUGAAGGAUAUGUAAAUAGUUAAUGAGCCAACCCCUGAUGCCUUGUUGGUCAUUGAGCUUGUUUUUUUGUAGGGGUUGUUGUUGUUCAACUAGAAAAACAGACCAAGUCUUUCUCCGAGCUAUUCACAUCUGAGCUAAAAUGUGAUCCCUCUUCCUGGUCCUUCUGAGUCUUCCUGUUUGUUUUUGACAAAUAUCAUACUUUUUCAGGUCAUGUGAUCAUAAGUUACAUAAGUAUAUUGGCAAUAUCUGUGUUAAACUCUAUUCAGUGUAACAAAAGCUGUUGAUAGUAUUCAGAUCUGUUUGGCCGUGACAUUUCCACAACUGUCUUUCUUUUCCUGUAUCAUAAUUCGGUGUAAAAAAAAAAACCAUUUGUUUGUAGAAAAGAUCACACUUUAUGUACAAAAUCUGAGAUACUGUUGAACAAGCAUGACUUCUUUUUCUGUUUUUGUAAUUUCUCAUAAAGUGGCAUUAGGGCUGUGUACAGAACAUCUCUCUUUCUCCUGUCUGUCAACCUACAGGUCCCACAUUGUCUUUGUAAAGCUCAGGGAGAUAAGCCGCCAUCUUUCUUUUGUUUUUUUUUUUGUUUUGUUUUGUUUUGUUUUUGUAUUUAGACCACUUUUCUCUGUGAAAAUUUACAGAGUCUGUAAAUAAACAUUUGACUUUGCUAUCCAA